AUGAAUGGCCCUUCGAAGGAAACCCCAGAGUACCAGCUCUUGAUCGAUGGCAGGUUUCAACUAUCAUCACAUGGAAAGAUCUUCGAGUUGAACAGUCCCUACACCGAUGAAAAAGUGGCAGAUGUAUAUGAGGCCAACGAGACAGACGUGGAUGAGGCAGUUGCAGCAGCCAAGGCUGCAUUCCCAGCGUGGCGGGAUCUCUCCCCAGCAGACAGAGGAGAAGAGUUUGCGCGCUUGGAGGCUUUGUCUACUGGGAAGCCAGUGUCUCGAAACUUCGACUCCAGCAUUGCCAUUGAGACGUUUAAUUAUUUCGCCGAGGCAGGAUGGACAGUUCAGGGUUCAUCCAGCAGAAACACCCCCGGCUACCUCAAUAUCACGGUAAAGGAACCGUACGGCGUCGUGGCAGCCAUCAUCCCUUGGAAUCUGCCGCUGGCAUUCUUUGCCAUGAAGAUUGCUCCGGCGGUGGCGGCUGGAAACACCAUUGUUUUAAAGAGCAGGGAAAAGUCGCCUCUAACAAUAGGCCUGGGAGCCAAGCUGAUCGUCGAGGCUGGAUUCCCACCCGGCGUGGUGAACAUACUCCAUGGCUAUGGCCCAACAACCGGCAACGCGAUAGCGUCACACAUGGACAUUCGCUGUAUCAGCUUUACCGGCUCCAGCCUCACAGGCCGAAAGAUCCAAGCCGCUGCGGCCAAGGGGAAGACCCCCGCCAUUAUCUUCGAUGAUGCGGACCUCGAAUCCGCCGCUGCGCAGACCCAGUUCAGUGUGCAACUCUUCAGUGGACAAACCUGCAUUGCGAACUCGCGUAUUUAUGUGCAUGAAACAGUGGCGGAAAGGUUCCUCGGUUUGUUCAAGGAGAGAUAUGGCGCUGCUGUACUUGGCGAUCCGUUGAAUACCUCGACAGAUCAAGGACCGCAUGCUGAUAGAGUCCAGUAUGAGCGGGUCAGAGCAUAUCUCGCCAUUGGGGAGAAGGAGGGUCUGAAGCGGACCCUUGGUGGUGAUGCGAAGGAUGGAAACUUUAUCAGGCCCACUGUGUUCGCGAAGGUGCCCGAGGACUCGCAGAUCAUGAAAGAGGAAGUAUUCGGUCCUGUUGUGGUCAUCAAGACGUUUUCGAAGGAGGAGGAAGUCAUCAAGAAGGCGAAUAAUGGUGAAUCUGGUUUGUAUGCGUCCGUCUUCACGAAGAACAUCGACCGGGCUGGUUUUAAGGGCAGUGGUAUCGGUCGCGAGGGUUAUCUUCAUAGCUUGGAUAGCUAUCUGGAAACUAAAGCUAUUCUGAUCAAGACACGAUAA